GAUCUAAGUGAUCAUGAAAGCCUUGUUAAGGCAAUCAGGCAAGUUGAUGUUGUAAUAUCCACACUAGGUGGACAACAAAUAGAUGAUCAAGUGAAGCUCAUAGCAGCAAUAAAAGAAGCUGGAAACAUCAAGAUUAUAUGUCGUCAUUACAACAUUUGUGUUAGUGUUUUCCCUGUAACUGCAUCCCCGCACUCGUUGUCAUUGACACUGAGCAUCUUUCGAGCGUCAUGGUGACACCGCCAAGGUCCCCUCCGCAGUCAGAUGGUAAUUCGGAGCCACAACCUAAGAAGACACGACAAAGCACACGUCUUAGAAGGUUGACUUUAAGAGGUUUAGAUCAGCCUAGACCAAUAGUUAAUGUGGAUCCUGCAACUGGAAGAGCAUCAGGCCCAGAGAAGCAAAAGUUCCACAGUUUUUUAGGGGUUGUAGCUCGAGAAAAGAUCCCCAUUGUCCACAGCAAUUGGAAAAAUGUGCCAGAAACUCUUAAGGACAUGGUAUGGGGGGACAUUUUGGCUAAAUUUGAUAUCCCAGAAGCUGAAAAGGCCAAGAAAAAAGUAAUGUCCACGGUGGGCACUAGAUGGAGGCAAUUUAAGUCUUCGCUAACCACUAAAUUUGUCUAUGCUGACACACAAGCCGGACAGGAAGAAAAUCCUUCAGCAAAAUAUGGUAUGGAUAAACAAACUUGGGACGAAUUUGUUGCAAGUCGCAAGACCCCGGAUUGGCAGGAAAUUCGGAAAAAGGCAAAGGAGAGUCAAAAAUACAAUGACUGCCCCCACGUACUGUCUCGUGGGGGUUAUGACUUGCUUGAGAAAAAAAUGUUAGAUGAGAAAACAAAGCAAAGACAACAGCAGGCACUUUUGACUGAGAAUCCAUUGUCUGAUCUGGAGGAGCCGCCAUCUCCCAUUAAAAGGCACGUGAAGUGGAAAAUGGCUAGAACCAAACGAUAUGGCCAGAUGACAUCAAAGGCAGCAAAAGAAAUUUCGGAUAGAAUUGACUCGUUAGAAGAGCAGACGACACAGGGUAGUUUUGUUCCCCAUGGUCGGGAUGACAUCUUGAAUACGGCCAUUGGCAAACCGGAACAUCCAGGUCGAGUUCGUGCAGCGGGAUCUGGUAUGACCCUUACUCAAUUUUAUGGUAGGGCAACACGUACGUCGAGUAGUUCCUCAGCAACACUAAUGCAACAACAGUGGGCUGACAUUAUUGGAAACAUAAAGGAACAAGUAAGGAAUGAAUAUGAAGAACAACACAAGAGGAGUCUGGAGGAAUUUAAGAAGGAGUUGUCCAGUCAGAUCUUCAUUCAAUUGAGUCAGAUGGGAUCACAAUACUCUCCCCUUAUUGAGGUGGAUUUACAGGCAUUGGCUGCACGUCUUAGCACUAAAGGAAGUAAUGUAGAAACUGCUGAUGUUGACCCAUCAGGCGACAAAAAUGUGAGCUUAAAACCCACUAUGGGGUUAUACGUGCAACGACAAAAUACUACAGUGUUGGUGGCCUUGGGGAAAAUAUGUGAGGGUGGAUCAGCCAUUCACAAUGUCACUUAUGCUGAUGAUGUUGUGAGGGUGAGUGUUGACAAAGUUAUAGAAGGUGAUGCCGAAGUGCCCUUCCCGACAUCAGAGAUUCAAUAUGUCAAGCAGGCUCUUCAAACAUUCAUUGCAUGGCCAACAAAUCUUGUGAAAAAAGUGUCACAUGAGGAGUCCGAUACUAGUCCAAAGAAACUUCCUGAAACAGAUGAAAGAGGGACGAAUGAUUUUGACCAUGAUCCGUUGCGUCAACUGAUUAAGAGCCUAUAUUUCAUGUACGACACACCUGUUGAGUUGAAGUGGGAUGGCAGCAAAUUUGGGCUUUCAAAUGUUGAUGCUUCAUUCUUCUUGACAUUCUCUGAUGUAAAUGAAAUAGUAGCUGGAUACAAAUGUUUGAACAUAUCUAUACUACAGUUAUGGAUGUUGUUUUUGGAUGAGUGGAGCUCUACUUUGGGUCAUGCUUCCGUGUAUGGAUUCCUUGAGCCACAAUCGAUACACAAUGCAAAGGAUCGACGUGCUGAAUGUGAGCAUUACUUACAAGCAUGGCUCAAGGAAUCGCAACGAGAGGUGUACCUAGGAGCUUACUUAAAUCAGGGCCAUUGGCAACUGGUAGUACUGUGUCCUGCGACCAAUGUUGUUGCAUGGUUUUGUUCGUUACGUAAGAAGCCUGAUACUCAUAUCAAAACUGCAAUUAACAAUGCAAUGAAGUCAGCAAACACAACCGCGGAUGGUACAAAUAAUCCAGCAACUCCUAAGUGGGUUGAAGUCAAGAGCCAUGUACAAAGCGGAGGGUAUGAGUGUGGCUACUACGUGAUGCAUUGGAUGUGGAACAUCGUCGGUGGGGGUUUAAAGAAUGAUUGGAGCAUGUGGUUUCUUGAUGGAACGGCGUUAGACAACGAAACAAUUACAACGAUUCGCCAGAAAUGGGCAGCAUAUUUUCUUAAAGUUCAAAGCAUUCAAUGUACAAAGUCUUAGUUGACAUAGGAAAUCUUUUGGUUAUUGUGAACAUUACUGAGACAAAUGUCACUAUAUUGGCUUGUAUUUAUUUGGAAAUAUAUUUAUGAAACUUUGUGUUUUGUUGUCUC